AAAAAAAUAGGCUGCUGACUAAUUAUUUGUUUUCAUCCACAGGGUCGACAUGUCAAAACAGGACAGCUGGCAGCAAUCAAAGUCAUGGAUGUCACAGAGGACGAGGAAGAGGAGAUUAAACUUGAGAUUAACAUGCUGAAGAAAUACUCCCACCACAGAAACAUUGCCACAUACUAUGGUGCUUUUAUCAAUAAGAGUCCUCCUGGACAUGAUGACCAGCUAUGGUUGGUCAUGGAGUUUUGUGGUGCUGGCUCUAUAACAGACCUUGUUAAGAACACCAAAGGCAACAGUUUGAAAGAAGACUGGAUUGCAUACAUCUCCAGAGAGAUUCUGAGAGGUCUGGCCCAUUUGCAUGUCCACCAUGUCAUCCAUCGUGACAUCAAGGGUCAGAAUGUGCUGUUAACAGAGAAUGCAGAGGUGAAACUGGUUGACUUUGGUGUGAGCGCUCAGUUGGACAGGACAGUUGGCAGGAGAAACACUUUCAUUGGCACUCCUUAUUGGAUGGCACCAGAGGUCAUUGCCUGUGAUGAGAACCCAGAAGCGACAUAUGACUAUAGAAGUGACCUGUGGUCAUGUGGUAUCACUGCUAUAGAAAUGGGUGAAGGAGCUCCCCCAUUGUGUGACAUGCAUCCAAUGCGCGCCCUUUUCCUCAUUCCCAGAAAUCCUCCUCCACGACUUAAAUCAAAGAAGUGGUCCAAGAAGUUCUUCAGCUUCAUUGAAACCUGCCUGGUGAAGAAUUACAACCAUCGACCCUCUACUGAGCAACUGUUGAAACAUCCUUUCAUUAGAGACCAACCUAAUGAGAGACAUGUCCGCAUCCAGCUCAAAGACCACAUUGACCGCACUCGUAAAAAGAGAGGAGAGAGAGAUGAGACAGAAUAUGAGUACAGUGGAAGUGAAGAAGAGGGAGAAGAGGCACAAGAACAGGAAGGAGAGGCCAGUUCUAUAGUGAAUGUGCCUGGUGAAUCUACUCUGCGACGUGAUUUCAUUCGGCUGCAGCAGGAGAAUAAGGAGCGUUCAGAGGCACUGAGAAGACAACAGCUCCUCCAGGAACAGCAACUCAGAGAACAAGAGGAAUAUAAACUCCAGUUAUUGGCUGAGAGACAAAAACGAAUUGAACAGCAGAAGGAGCAAAGAAAACGGCUUGAGGAGCAACAACGUCGGGAGCGUGAGAUGAGGCGGCAGCAGGAGCGGGAGCAGAGACGCAGGGAACAGGAGGACAAGAGACACAAAGAGGAAAUGGAACUUAGACGUAAAGAGAAAGAAGAGCACAGGAGGGCUGAGGAGGAAAAGAGGAGGAUUGACCUUGAACAGGAGUUUAUCCACAGGCAGCUCGAGGAUGAGCAAAGACAUCUUGAAAUCCUUCAGCAACAGCUGCUGCAGGAGCAGGCCAAACUACUGGUAUUAAAUCAGUUUUUCAGUUGUUUCAUUGUUUCAGUUCUUCAGGGGGCAUGCUCAGGGUAGUGCUGGUUAAUGCAUGAUGAUAAAAAUAGAGAAAUGGCCUUAAGCAAUUAACCAAAUAAACAGAUAAAAGGGUUCAAAUGGUUCAAAUCACCAAAUGCGAAUAUAAUCAAUGCUGAAACAUGUUACUCACCUGGUAACUUUAUGAAUAGUGGUGAGAAUUUGGGAUUGCUUAGUACUAUCAGAAAAUUGGUAAUGGUUGUGAUUUAAUUAUAUAAAUGUAGGCUACAGUUUGACGCGUUACACACACACAGAGCUUGACAUUAGGGAUGCACCGAUCAUGAUUUUUCAUGGCCGAUUCCGUUACCGAUUUUUUACAAACAAACUGGACGAUUUCCGAUUUCCGAUUUUAAGCAACAAACAAGAAAGAACGAAAGUGUGCAUUAACAAGAUAUUUAGUAUUUAAUAGGCCAA